UUCAGUUAAAGCAGGAUAUUAUUAAGUGUGUAUGGGGAAUGGAAUAUUACAUUCAAUAUAACUGAGAGCUACUACUUUAAACUUGACUCAAUUUCAGAAGCACACAUUUUACUUUUACCCUGCUACAUUUAUUUAAUAUGUCCAAUUACUAGAUAGAUUAUAUGCAACUGCAGAUUAAAGUCAACUGACAAACUAUAAUGCAUUUUGAAGGAUACAGAUGUUACUGUUACCAUGGUGAAUUCCGCAGCAGUUUAUAAAUUAACAAAAAAAACUAGCCCCACUUUUACCAGCAUAAGCAUUGAAGUAGUAUGCACAUGAAUACCUUGAUAAUCAUAAUUAAUUUACUGAAUAUACAUCAGCUAAAAGACAAGAGUACUUUUAACACCAUUGCCAGAUGAUUGCGCUUUUAUUUUGAACGUUUCACCGCGUUGUUUUCUGUUUUCGCAGCGCUUGUUUGAUACGGCAGCAUGGGGCAACUUUGACGCGUAAAAGGAGGGAACAAAGUGGACUUAAGUGGACCUCAAAGUUGCCCCCCAUCACAAGGAACGGUUUGUUUCGUAAGGUCGGUGAAAACAACCGAAAAACAUGACCGACCUUUACGUUUCCAUGGCGGUGUGCGGUGCCGCGGUGCUCCUCAGCGAAGCCCUCCGGCGAACAGCGCGUCUUCUCCCCGGAGCUUACUGGGUUUACCUGCUGGAAGCGGCGUCCACCUUCCAGCUCUGCUGCUGCACACACGAGCUCAAACUGCUGGGCGAAACGCUGAAACUGGAGGUAUCAGUUGCCCUAACAAUCACCUACACCAUGACAAUGAUACAUUUGUUAACUUUCCGCGAGGCGACGUGCAACCCAAGCGGUGCUCUGGAGAGCGUUUGCCGUGGCCGCAGCAGCGUCAAAGCGGCAGGAAUCCUCAUUGGUUGUCAGUUCGCCGCUGGGUUCGCCGCGCAGUCCUUCGCCGCGUCCGUUUGGUCGCUGGGUCUUUCCGAAGUCCACAUUAAACACCAAAGGUUCGGGUUCCGGUGCUUUGACCCCCUCGGUGGGACUUUAAUUGAGGCAGCAGCUGUGGAGCUCGGUUGCGCUUUCUUCGUCCAAGCUGCCGCCAUGCAUGUCCACAAGCUGGACGAAAAACUUCGCACUCACUUCAUCGCUGCCGCAGUCACUGUUGCGGUUUACGCAGGUGGAAGUGUUUCCGGUGCCGUCUUCAACCCGGUCCUGGCCUUCUCCGUCCAGUUCCCCUGCAGCGGACACUCCUACCCAGAGUACUGCUUCGUGUACUGGCUCGGCCCGGUCCUCGGUGUGGCGAGCUGCGUGCUGCUGUUUGAGAAGAUCGCCCCCUUCCUCUCUGGAAAAAGCUCCAUCAGACCGGACCAACCUGCCGUGCAGAAGAAGUCUCAGUGACACAGUGGAGAGGAAAGUCAAAAUGUUAUUGUCUUAAGCUUUUACUCCACGUGUCUGAGUGGAAAAACCAGGGUGGCAUUUGUCGUAAACACUUGAAAUGACUUUAAAGCACAAGGACACAACAAACCAGCUUUAAUUAAGCAGACAUUAAGGAACAAUCAUUAGCUUUUUAAAAUGCUAAUCAACACUAAGUGCUUAGACGCUGAAAAAAGACUUCACAACCUGCCUGAGAUUUAGCACGUUUUUAAAUGUAGUGAUAGCUGCAAACAGGAAGUGCUAAAACAUAAUACUUCAUACUUUUAAAGUGACUAAUAAUAGCUUUAGUUUACUUUAAAGUUACACUAAUUACACACUGACACAGAUAUAUCAUAUAAAUGACAGGACUGUGACAGAACCAAAACUCCAUGCCAAGUUUAUUUUUUAUUCCACUUUGGCUUUAGAACUAUAUUUGUAUAGUUCUCACACCAGAUUUUAGGAUAUGUAAGGUCGUUAAUAUAACAUUUUGUCUGUCAAAGAGCCAGAGCACUAAUGGAGAAGGUUAUGUGACUGUAAUGAAUUCACUGCACACUAAUGAACCAAAGUGCAAACGGAUAGGAGUGUCUUCUCUUUGCACUUUGGUAUUUUAUGAGCCCUUUUUAUUAUAUGGAACUUGUAUAGCUACACAUGCUGCGACAGAAGAGAUGCACAAUAUCCCUCAAUGCAAGCGU